AUGAAGGAGAAAAGCAAGUCCAUCGCUGUACUAGACAGGGAGGGAGGGUUGUCUCAAUCAGAGUUUCUGGACCUUUCGAAUCGCAACAACCUCUUCACCAACGUCAGCAUUUCAUGCUUGCAGGCCGUGCGAGAACUUCAGUUCUCCGGAAGGUUCGAUGAAGCACAAGUGAUCAUCGAGAAAGUAGUGGGAGAUACCAACAGCCAGAGCGAGAAGCUGAUAGGUUUCAUCCUUCUGAGUGAACUUCUCAACAAGUGGGGGUCCUGCAUGCCAUCUUACACCAUCGACGUGAUGGAGAGAGCUUCUUUCUACGCCGAUCAAGCUGUUGCUCUGUGUGAAGACAUGAUCUCCAAUCAUAUGGCUUCUGAGUUCAACGACAUCAACGAGAUCCUGUGUAGUGCCCUGUACUGGAAAUCCUUGAACCUUGCGUCGGUUGGUAGAUUGGGAGGAUGCGAGAGGUGGUCAACGAAGAUAGCAUUCGAGGAAGCCGAAAAGACAUUCUUUCACAUGUCUGCCAUUUGGAAGUCAUCUCGAAACAAUGAUUUGCGUCAUAUCCAAGGGUCCAAGAGUUUUGUCAAAGGAGUCAUUUUGUUUUGCAGAGCAAUUGCUGUUGAGAAAGGAUAUCUGCAGUCUUCAGAUUGCGAUGGAAAGACAUCGGAUGUGUUGAAGAAAGAAUCGCUUGCUCAAUUCAAGUCAGCGUAUGAGUCAUUCUUCUCGAUUUACGGCAGCCUGCACAACCAGACUGUCAAGGCAAUCACAAUGAUAUGCGUUUGUUGCAAGAUGUGUGGAGACAGAGUCGAGGCGUUGCGAUGGAGUGAAGAGGAAGUCAAGGCUAGGAUCAAGCUGCAUGGGGAAUGGCAUCCUAGAACCAAAAUGGCAAAGGAAAAUCUUCAAGAGCUGAAGGGUGGAAUCGAGGACACCACCUCGGUGCUGGAGGAUGUGGACGAUUUGUCAGCUCAAGAUUUCCCGGCGGAGCGGAUGACGUUGGAGAUCGAUCCUUUCAAACUCGAGGACGUGGAGACUUUGACGUCCGCAAUGCGCAUGUUCGCGGACAUGGGGUUGGUUGAAAGGUUCAACAUCCCACGUCACAACCUUGCAAGAUUCGUGCUUGCCGUCAAGAACUCAUACUUUGACGUCAACCCGUUUCACAACUGGAGACACGCCUGGUCGGUCUCGCUCGCCUCCUUCAAAAUCAUGACAGAAACGUCUGCAUCUCGAUUGCUGCAUCCAACGGAGAAGAUUGCGACGCUGAUCACUUGUCUCUGUCACGACGUGUAUCAUCCGGGGGUCAACAGUGACUUCCUGAUCAAGAGCGCAGCUCCCAUGGCGCUAGAGUUUCCUGCUCCCAAUGUGUUAGAACACAUGCAUUGGAACUCGACGAAGAAACUCCUGCAGGCAAGUUGUGACUGCGACAUCUUGCUCAAUGCAAGCGAAGAUGAGAAACAAACUGUGUUGGACUUGGUGCAUGAGGGGAUCAUGGCGACGGACAUGCACACUCAUCAGCGAGUCGUCGAUGGCCUCUCAAGGAGGAUAGAAGCUGCAGAGGGCAAGAAGGCGAUGAAUGUAGCAAGUCCUGCUGAAGCAGCGUAUGACGCAAACGAGCCGGAGGAUCGACGGGAGCUGAUGAGGGCGAUAGUGCAUGCGUCUGAUCUCUCGGGCCAGUCUCUCCCCAAGGAAGUAGCGUACACCUUUGGAAGAGGAGUGCUGGAAGAGUUUCACAAUCAAUCGAUGCGAGAACGCAUGGAAAGUCUGCCGGAGACAGCUUUUAUGAAGGGUCUGCAUGAGCCGCUGGCACAGGCGAAAGCGCAGCUCGGAUUCCUGCACUACGUCCUACAACCUCUAUGGAAGAGAAUUUCUACCUUGUUCCCAGAGCUCGAGGCGCAGUACCAUCGCGUUGUUGAGCGACUAGAGGAGAUAGACUUCGAGAACCUGGAGAGUUGGCCCGGAAGGCAUGAUGGGCUAAAGAUAUAA